AAAUAAAAAGUGUACCAGUACCGCACUGUUUCAAGGGAGGUUCUAUUAAUUUAAAAAAACUUGCCCAAAAUAAUUUAAAACAUACCAAUAACUUGGUCCUUAGUCCUUUCAUUUUAGUUGUUACAUGAUUAUUUCUGAAUUGGCAACACUGCUACAAUAUUUGAACUAACCGUAACUUGCUUCUUUCCAUGAUUGUGUUUGGUUGAGUUUACGUUCUGUCUGUUCUUAAUUGAUUUGUUUUAAUUUUUCGAAUUUCGAUUGAUAAUUUGUCAAGUGCUCAGUUUUUAAAAAAGUUGUUCACCUGUUCUGUUGUUCAAUUACGUAAAAUAAUGGAAGUUGAUAACGAAAACGAAUUAAUUGUUCUAACGCCGCCGGACCUUGCUGAAGCUUCUAAGAAAACUGAGAAAGAACUCUUGCCGGUAGCUUCAAAAAAAAAAUACAUGUUGUGUUAUGAUAAUCUACUCUCUUGGGUGCGAGGUAAGAAGUGGCCGCCAACUUCUCAGAAAACAUUGCUAAUAUAUUUCGAAGAACUAUCUGCUACAAAAAAGCCUAGUACGCUUUGGUCGAUGUACUCCCGUUUGAAGGCUAUGAUCAUGCUUAAUCAUGAAAUCGAUAUUGGCACUUAUUCAAAAGUAAAGUCUCUUAUUAAACGUAAAUCUGUGGGCUAUGAGCCUGUUCAAGCUAUGCCGUUAUCGGAGGAAGAAGUGAAAACGUUUCUUGAACUUGCAACUGAUUAUGAAUACUUGGCAAUCAAAGUGAUGCUUGUUUUUGGCCUUAUGGGUGCGCUACGAAUGUGUGAAUUGCAUGACAUAAAAGUAGACGAUGUUCAGCAACAUGGCGAUCUUUUAUUGGUAAAUAUACCAAGCUCAAACACAAAAAAUAACACAAAAAAAAGCUUUGUGAUUCAAGGAAAAUAUUUGGGGUUGGUUAGAAAGUACAUGGAGUUGCGUCCACCGAAUACAAACGAAAAAACAAGCCAAUUUUUCAUUCAAUAUCACGAAGGAACGUGCAGUCGGCAACCAAUUGGCAUUAAUAAACUCCGAGGUGUACCGAAACUCAUUGCUAAAUACUUGAAUCUACCGGAUGCGGAAAAAUAUACAGGCCAUUCCUUCCGGAGGACGUCUACAUCGAUACUAGCUAAUGCCGGGGCUAACUCUGAGACUAUAAAACUCCACGGUGGAUGGAAAAGCGAUAGUGCUCCGAAUCGUUACAUUAAUGAAUCAGUGCAACACAAAGCCAAAACGGCAAAUAUCAUUGCAUCUGCAGUUUUUGGACAGUCUACUCAAACAUCUACGGAACCAUCUGUACCUGUACACUCCGAUUUUGCUCGUACAUCUUCUAAACACUCCGCUUCCAUUCGUACAUCUACCAAAACAACAAUAAACUCCGCUUCUGCUCGUAUGUCUUCUACUCCUAAAACUAAACCAACUACGUACUCUGCUUCUGCUCAGAAAUCUAAUGAAUAUGAAUACAUCGAAGAUAUUCCUUAUUUCAAUCCAGAAGAAACUAAAGAUUCUGAAAUAGAAAAUAACGUUUGUAACCCUGAAUUCAUUCCAGUUUUGACUCCAAAUGGAUCCGAUGUAACUAUAGAUUCAAUUUCCAAUAUGAAUGAAUCAGGUAUUAUUAAUAAUUCUCAGUUAAGUGCUUAUAUAGUCGAAGAUGAAUAUGAAAUUACACAAUCACAGGUUAUUUCUGACGAAACCAUAGUGCAAAAACCUAAAAAAUUCAAAUAUAAAACCCCAGUAUUGUACAAAUUCGAAAACUGUAAUGUAACAAUUAAUCAUUAAGUUUGUCAUUGUUUUUUCCUUCAUUUUAUUCGUAAUGCAAGGCUGUUGUGUUUUUGUUUUUUUUGUUAAAAAUGCGUCGUUGUUUUCAUAGGUACGUAAUUACGUAUUCAUAUUUUCAGUUUUAUUAAGUUCGUUGUCGUUUUUUCAUUCGUGGUAUUCGU